AUGAGACGCCUCAAAGGUAAUCGCAGAUUACAAAUUACAUUGUUCAAUGUAAGUGAGUCAAGAAAUUUCACUGCAGGCGCUUUGGCAGCGCCACAAACGUUGAACCUCUCAUUUUUGUUAAAAUAUAUCAUCAUCAUCAUCAUCAUCAUCAUCAUUAUCAUCAGCAUCAACAGCACCAUAACAGUAGCUGUCUAUUAACAUGUUCUCUCGAUUGAAAAACUAUUGAAGAACAAUUAAGGUUGAUUUUAUAUCUUGCGCGAUCAUAACCUUGAUUCUUGUCACCUACCUGUUUUUUAUAUAGCAUUGAUAGUACAAGGCCAAAUUUGGUGCUGAUGAUUCUUAGAAGUUAAAGGGUUAAACUGGCUUCAGUGACGGGUCUUCUUACCGGUUUUCAAUUGUGUAGGAAGGCCCUCUUGUAGGAAACUAAAGAAGAUAAACCUUCCUGUACAGUAUUUAAAAAUUUUCAACUCUACUAAGCAGGUAAUUUUUCUUUUAUUGCUUUAGAUAUGACGCUCCAAGAAAUUCUUCAAAUUCCACGACACUCGUUUGCUCCCGUCAAUAAUCGCCAGAUGCGAUUUUUUCGUGUUAAUCGCCGGGAAAGGCACCAAGCGAGACGAGAUCUAAGACGACUGGAACCGAGAAAUGAACUCCAGGGUACUGCAGGUCUUACCUCACCUACUGCAUUAAACACUGGAUUUAACCUCGACUCCCUUCCAACGCCGAACAGGGACAAAGGUUCGAGGUUAACAAAGGAAAAUUCAAGGCAUGACAUGUUGAAAAUAAAGAAGGAUCACUCUUAAGGGUUAUGGAUCAUUUCGGGGGGGGUAUUCCAGGGAAUUUUUGGUAAGGGUGUGCCACCCGGUUCUCCAAACACUAACCCUGUUACAGACCAAACAAUGUCUUUUUUUCACACCCGUUUUUUCAGACAGGGGGUCUUAAAUCAAUAUCCGUUUUCAGGACAUCAUUUUUGGGGGUUCUUAAAAAUUUCGAAAUAUCCGAUUCAUUUGGAAUUUUUACGACCUGGUUUAGGAUUCAGACCAAAACAAAACACCCGUUUUCAAGUCAAAAUCAUUUUUGAGACUGACUAGAGGUCUCAAAGUUCCCCAAAAGUCGGAUAUUUCACCAUCUGACCUAGACAAUCCGGCUUGGUACUGAAAGUCUACGACAAGCUACUUUUAAAAAUAAAAAAUAAAUUUCUAAAAAAAAAUUCGAGUCGACAAUAAUGUAUUUAAAUGAACCAACAUGGUAUAAAUACGUUUCGAGGGGGGUCUUUUUGUGUACUCGUUGUCUAUGCAGUUUAAAAUAAUUAUGAAUAAAUUGAUUAGUGGAAAAAGUGUUCCCAAAAUUAAUGUCACUCUCCCCAACUGAGGUCGCCAUGUUUCAGUUUGGUCUUCAAAGCUUAACUGGGUUUAAUUUAAAGUUAUGACCCUCCAAAUCAUGACAGUACACGUAAAGCAAUAGCAACUGAACACAAGACACGAUAUGGGUCACUUAUGCAUAUUCACUGUCAGCCUUUCAAGUGACGUCCUUUGUAUUUUUUGUUUUUAGCAAAUCUACCUUAUCUCAAAAGGACCAAACGUUCCAUGCCAUCUUUGGCUAUCUUUUUUCUCCACCAUGGCCAUAGCGCACUAAAACGUCACGGCGGCCAUAUUGGUGUCCGAAAACAAUGAAUCGGCGGCCAUGUUGGUGUCCCAAACAAAUCCUCUGGGAGGUGAACUCUUUUCUUAUGCAAAGGCUUUCUUUUGUUCCAAUAAAUUUGCAUAGAUACUGGCCACGUGAGUGAAAACACUCUAUACUUUGCACACUUAACAUGACAUUAAACAGGUGAACAGUCGUGACAUUAAACAGUCAAGCGUGACUUUCUUUUUUCACCGUUAAAUAUGUGCAUAUUCGUGACUUCAAACACGCCUCGCGUGCUGUGUUCGCGUGUUGUGAGCGUUGAUCACCUUUAGCGUCAAAAUCUUCUAAAGGGACACAAAUGAUCCCCAUUGUUUGAAAGGAUAUAUACAACACAUCAAGUACAACUUGUUCACACACUUAUGCACUAGACAAUCGGUUCAAAUGACUUUCUGUCAAAUAACCUUAGAGCAUCCUGUUAUUUCCUAACACUACAUAUGGUAAAUUCCUAGCAUUUCACCAAAUCUCUCAUCUCAAAAUUCGUUGGCCACCCAAAAGAAUUAUUAACUGGUACCCAGAAAUAGCUCCCCAAGUUUAGGCAACAGAAUUUUGAUGCGAUAUUGCUUUGCAGUAAUAUCCUGGAGAAUCAAUAAAGUAUGUAGAAACCGAUUACUUGUUGAAUGGUAUCUAAGCUUGAAAAUGAACUUAACGACAUUGUUUAUUUCUACUAGUACAUCAUGACAUGUCACCUUAACAAACCAAAAACAUAACAUCAACAAAAAUUAUUUUAGGUAAUGAGCCAAUCGGGAUUGUCACCAAACACUAUUUUUACAUAAAGGAAAGUGAAAUGGAACAAAGGCUUGGCAGUUUUUGAUUGUGAUUCAUUUUUUCCUGAGGGACGCAGCCGAGAAGGUUUUGUUAAUACUCUGCAACACGGAGGUAAUUUUUCACUAUCAGGGGCACCCAACGGCAAUUUUCGGGAAAACAUCUGUUCGGAAGACGAUUUGAGAACUAGAAUUUUCGGAACAUUUGUUGUAAAAUUUCUUGCUUGCCUGCCUCUCCUAGGAUUUUCGAACAUCUACAAAAUGGUUUAAUUACCCAUUUUAAACGGAUAUUUACCCUAAAAAAGGCCACCUAGAAUUUUCGGGAGCCUUUUCCUGGCGGAAAUUUUCGAAAAGGUAAGUUUGGAUCCCUAUAAUUUUCGAAUCACUAGACUUUCAGCUAGGAAAUCCGAACAGAUGAAAAGUUUUUAGGGGAUAAAAAUAUGCCUAUAUCUACCGUUUAAAUACUAAAAUACGUUCAACAAUGCUAUGUUAAGUGGUUUUGAACUAUAUCCUCGUUGGGUGCCCCUGCACUAUUACCUUAAUUUUUUUCGGCGCAUUGUCAAAAAUGUUAUUUUCAAUCAUUAGAGUCACUUUAACUGGCGAUUCUAUAUUUUGGGGGCGUCAACUCCGUUUUGCACAGUUGACUUGACGUUACCUGAAAUUAUUUGGCGGCUUCAACUGGACCAGCUUCAUGAACUACAGUUGUGAAAUGUGAGGCAGUGUAUGAAAUCCUAAGCGAAAAAAAGUCAAAAUAGCAGUAGGGGUUUGUAAAGUGAAGGUGUCGGCACUGAUUUUAUUUUCCUUUCUGUAUUCCAAUUGCUUAAAACACGCUUGAAAACACGCUUUACAUGCACGGUUUCAACAUUUAAAAUGAAUUUCUGUUGCCGGCCUUGAAAAUCUUUAUAAAUCGCCAAUUUUUUUUUGUUUUUAGAAUAUGAUAACGUUUUUUUUUCUUUUUUUAAAUAACGAUUUGCUUGCGAUCAUCAUUUCCUUCUCAGCCAUAAGAAUGACCAAAAUUAGUAAAGAAAUAUCAUAAGUAUAUGAAUAGAACAUGCACAAAGAAAAACGUUUCGAGGUUUGUCAUUCUAUGCGUGAUCAAAGAAAAAGUCAUGUUGUUGUCAAAACUUUUUAAAGCUGAUCGUAUAUCGAAUAGGUUACAUAGAGUUAUUUUGAUGUCACCCAAGCAAAAACGAUAAUUAUAUUAUGACAUGUGUUUGAGAUGUAUUUUAUUUUUGCUUACCCUUUUUAGUUUAAGUUAUAUUCAAGUUAUAAAUCUGUGACUGGAGGUUGAACCAGUCAUGUUAUUGAAAAUUUGGGAAACAACUAUCGCUUUCCUUCCUCUGCUACAAGUUGGAUCACUUAAUUAAUUUGUUCCCCGGCUUUUUUCCAGUCUGUUUGUGUUUCAGUGCACGAGACGUACAUAUUCAAAAUUAUUCGAACAAAAUAGAAGCGUUUUCAACCCUAAUGUUUUUAAGGUAAACAAACAUCAAGAAAAAAUAACCUGCCUACCUGCAUGAUGCUGGAUAAGGUUAAUUGACAACUUUCACGUUCCUCAUAUUACACCUUGUUUACCUUCAUAGUUUGGCAUUUCCAUUGUUUUCAAUUUCUCCCGCGCAGUCGUCCCAAAGAAGACAAUUCUUUUAUACAAUUUUUAUGGAUAGCAUGUGUAUUAUGGGUAAUGUGAAAAUGGUGUAUGAUAAAACACCACUCUGUUAAUCAUUUUAAUGUCUUUUUAGUUUUUUUUUCUUUUGUUUUCUGUUAUUUGCAGAUUAUGAAGAGCUCAACUAUUGUGCUGUUAUUUUCCAUUUUCGUGCUUUCUGUGGCAGGUAAACAGUUUUAUCUCUGUAUAGCGGUUUCAAACACUGCAUCUUCGCAAAAAAAGUAAACAAAUGUUUAUGCCUUGGAAAUUUGAGAUCCCAUCUCAAGAAUCAAUAAAAGUAAUUUUUCUUUUACUGAAGAUAAUAAUGCGCAUGACUGCUAUCCACUCAUUCGACUCAUAUUGCUAAUACAUGUAGCUAGGACUUGUAAAUUAUCGAGGAAAGGGAUUUAAAAAGGACCAAACUAUAAAAAUGAAUGAUUGAGCAAAAAAUGCUGUGACAAGACUAUCUAGUGACAUAAAAACGACAAAAGUAACGUGGCAAUAUAAAAUACCUACGGGUAAGGUCAACAAAGUAUUUAGCCUCGAUUUCAUUUAUUUUUAUUUAUUUUAUUUUAUUUGCAACACAAUAAUAACAAAAAAUAAAGGAAAAGAGAGAAAAAAAAAGAAGUGGUGAGGAGACGUAACAGAAACUAUAGGACCUUAUGAGAGGUCAGGCCUACUCGAACUUCGGGUUAGAGCUGUUAAACAUCGAUUAAAGAAAAGAUGGCCAAAAGUCGUAUAUGGAAAGAAUUAAGAGCUGUUUUCAUUUUUACUCAAUAAUUUAAUCUUCAGUUUUUUCUUAAAAGAGGAAAGGGAUUGAGAGUUGAUGACCUCGUUGUCAAGUGAAUUAAGAAACUUAGGCCCUUCAAAAAGGGCGAGAACUUCUUAGUGUUUGUACGACAAUACGGUAGACGGUAGGCCUGGGAAUGUGUUGUAAGAGUGGAAUUGAUUGCUUUGGGAGAAAUUGUUAUUAAACCUUGGAGGUAAGAAUGAACUUUGGAAAAAAUACAUGAAUUGACCCAGUUGAAGCAAAUGGAUGUCAUUAAAUUUUAGUGUACGGAGGUCCUUUAAAGAUGGGGUCUGUAUGAGCAUUAAAAUGUGAUUUAUUAUAAAUAAUUCUAAUAAUGCGCUUUUGCAGGAUAACAAGGCGGCGGAGAUUGGUUUUAUAAGUCGAAGCCCAAACUACAUUGCAGUAGCAAAAAUAAGGAUAAAUUAAGGAAUAGUAGAGCAUACGUAGAGACGAUUUAGGAAGAAAGAAGCUGCAUCUACAUAUUAUACCGAUUGACUUCGCAACUUUAUUUUCAACGUGUGAUAUUUCCGACUUCCAAUUUAGGUUUUCAUCCAAAAUUACUCCUAGAAAAAAAUUUGUCUACUUUACUUUAACAAUAUUUUGAUUAUCUAUAUUUAUUCGAAUAUUACAGAUUGAACGCUUUUGUCUUGAUUUAAAGACCAUGGCCGGGUUGUUCAAAGCUGGGUUAAGGUAACCCUGGGUUAGUGCGAAAUUUGAAUUCAGAUAUGAAAGCUUAAAAAGUAAAUUCAGUUUAAUUCCUUUGUUUUGGAAGAUUUUGGGAAACCCGGGUUUCAUUUAACCCUGGGUUGUUUGCUUUAAACCAGAUCAGAGAAGCUUGUUUGCUUUGACAGUUUGUCCAUCUCCUGCUUAACAUAUAAAGUAAAUAAAUAAAUUGGUUAACAUAUCUUUUGAAAGAUAGUUCAAAAUAAGGAUUUAAUAGAUUAGAAACUGUGCAAAAUUGUUUGAUGUCGUUAAUUUAUGUCGUUAAUUUACAGUAAGGAAAAUAGAGGUCCGAGGAUAGAACCCUGAGGGACCCCACAGGAGAUUUCAUUUCUUAACGAACGGUGGCCAUUAUAUUCAACAUACUGCUUUAGGCGUUCUUUAACGGGUAUGUUGCUCGUGCUCGUGCUUUUUGUGUCCUUUCAAGGCAUAUUGGGAAGAAGGCCUAAACAUUUCUUUUAUUAUAAGUGUUUUUUUCUUUUGGCUGGACAGUUUAAAGUGCGUGCGGCUACUCGAACCGUGGCACGUCAAAGAAGAUUAUCCAGUCACAACGUUUUUCGAAAAUAAAAGAUUGUCAAGUUGUUUCGCAAACAAGAGGUCAGGUAUUUUCAAACGGUUUUAAAGUUUUCAUCGGUUGCAUACUUGAACCUUGAAUUUUAUUGAUCCGUUUGCAAAAAAUAUUAAUGUCGCGGCGCAUUUUAAAGCAUUAUUAAUGCUUUAAUAAUGAAUAAGUACCUGUAUCAUAAUACAUUAAGGAUCUCUCAUUUUACAUGCCACACUUUAUGAUGUUAUGGGUCUCAUACUUUAUCUACUCCCAAAUGUGAUACAAUAUCAUCAUAAUAUGGACCAAAAUCGCUUAGAUAUUUAAGGCCUACCGUAUUUAUUCGAAUAAGCGCCCAACCUCGAAUUAGCGCCCACCUCGAAUAAGCGCCCAUCUUAAAGGCAGAAAAAGUUAAUAAGCGCCCAACCUCGAAUAAGCGCCCACCCCCUCCUCCUCCCAAUCAAACUCAAAUAAGCGUUCACCCCCACCCCACCCACUUGAGUGAAUAAAUUCUAAUCAGAGACUUCCCCGAGGACGGAGUUUUCUUCAGAGUAUUUUAUAGAAACCUUGCUUUGUUACUUCUUCGCGUUUUGUUAGUGGCAUUUAUUGUUUUGUUGCAAAAUAAACAUACUUCACUUGCUGAAAAUGGUGAAAAUUUAAUAAGCGCCCAGCCUCGAACAAGCGCCCACCUCGAAUAAGCGCCCACUCUCAAGGUCCAAAAAUUUAAUAAGCGCCCGGGGCGGUUAAUCGAAUAAAUACGGUACCUUAUGGAAUUCUCUUAAAGAUCUCGGGAUCCAAUUUAAAAAAAAAAACAACUAGGUUGGCACGCAUUCAUAAUCAUAUCUUUUAUGCUGCUCAAUUUUAUAAAUAUUUGAUUUUAGUGUUAAGUAUUUUAGGAAUGUUGUAUUUAGUAUUUUAAUUAGCUUUUGAUUAGUAGUUUUACCUCCUUAAAACAAGCACCAGUGUAAUAAUAAACGAGUUUAAAUAAAGAUUCUAAUGAUAAAUACUGAUAAUUUAUAUUAAUUAUUUUUUUUAAUCAGGGGUGUUCUCUCACAGGGGAAGGAAUCGUAGAUACACGUGUCGCAAUGAACAGGAAGGUUUACCCCUGGACGGUCCGUGCGGGGAGCAAUGUAUUUGCCUCGAUGGAAGGCUAGAGUAUUGUUGUAGAAAACGAAAGAACUUUGCCUCAAUGACUCGAGCUGAAAGACUACGAUAUGUAAACACUGUCUACCGGGCCUCUACGGAUCGGCGGUACAGAGGAAAAUACAACAGACUAAUUGCCAUUCAUUCAACAAAUUUUAUGAGAGGCAUUCACGAUCGACGGCAAUUUCUACCUUGGCACCGAUGGUAAGUCUUAAUGAAAUGAUCAUUUCAUAUCCUUCAAAAACUGCUGGGUUGUCUUCAUGAACCUGUACCUAACCAUCAACUGUACAGCCCUUUCCCUAACGCUUAAUUUUAAAGCAUGCAAAAGCCAACAGGGACCGAGAAAAAAAAGGCUUUGAGGCAUCUCCCCUUCUUUUUAUCUUCAGUCCGAUUGGGAUGUGACCACUAGUCUCUUGAGGGGGAAUAUGAAAAGAAAGUCGAUAUGUUGUUAAAGUUUUCACUUAAAAUACACAAAUAAGCAUGAUUUAAAUGGUGAUGAUCGAAGACGACGACUGUGAUUUUGCAACGGCGAUUGAACUACUUUUAUGUUUUAAAGCGUUAAGAAAUUAAUUAUUAAUAAUUAAUUUGUAAUAAUGAUAAUUAGAAAAGAUGUAAUCAUCAUUUCACGAGCGCGGGACAAAGAGAAAAUAUGAGUUCCGGAAAGGAAUUAAACCAAUGAUCAACUUCAUACCGGUCGGAUAAUCUGACCACUGAGCCACGUGGAAUUUCAGAAAUUUAAAAUCGGAAUAAGCGCCCUAAAUAUCUAUUGUUUUGGUUUCGUCAAUGCGCAGGUAUCUUCUUAAAUACGAAAAUUUACUUCGAGAAAUUGACUGUAGAGUGACAUUACCGUAUUGGGAUUGGAGCCUGUUUCCUGGAGCUGUGUGGAGCCAAGGGGAAGAUGAAAUUUGGUCGUCAAAACCUUGGGGACUAGGGGGGAAUGGACAAAGAGGUAGAAGACCUGGCUGUGUUAAUCAAGGACGAUUUAACCGUAGAACAUGGCGCGUUACACCCUCAGCUCACAGAGAUUGCCUUAGAAGGUCUUUUGGAGGUACAACUGGAUUUUAUUACAGUGUAUUUUAUGUCAUCGUCAAACACUCCCAGAGUAGCAAUUCAACACGCUAAUUAUAAUUGGCAGUAUAUCUGAUGCAACUCAGUCACAUCCUGAAUAAAUGAUAUCUUUGUUUUUGCCUGAGAAUUUUUACCAGGGGAAAAAAAUUUUGUUUAGAUAUUAUCACAGUGACAAUGUACGAUAAUGCCAGAAAUAUAAUUAUUAUGGAAAAAAAGGUUACUAUUUUAUAUUGGGGCAAGCCCAUUGUUCGUCUUUCUGGUCAGCGCCAGCGGGUUAUGAGGAAUUAUGAGAAACCAAUUAGAAAAGGCCAUACAUUUUGAAUAAAUAAUGAAUUGUUCUUCUCUUGUUCUUAUACAGCGACACCACCGGAUAUAAUAGCUGUCUACCUCACUAAGGCCUAUUAUCCAAGACAGUUCAGACAGUUUGAGUUGGAACUGCGCGCCAAUCUUCACGAUACAUUACAUUGCAACGUAGGAGGCACAAUGUGCAACCAGUAUUCCGCUAACGCCCCAGAGUUCUUCCUUCAUCACGCCUUUAUCGACAAAAUUUGGGCAGAUUGGCAAGAAAAGAGCACUGAACAUAUGGACGUUUACUUCAGAGAUCUUUCUUCUAGAACACGCAUGCAAGCGGCGCAAUUUCAUCCCCAAGACUAUAUAGACACCUUGUAUCUACCGCACCCCAAUGUUAAUAGACGAAAUGCAGAGAAUAUCUGUGUCAUUUACAAAGAUCCCGUGCACCCAAUGUACGAUGAAGUAAUGAGUCGCCUUGAAAGCUUAACCACCAGAGAAGUUCGUCAAAUUCGUAGGCGUGCAUUUCGUCCGGCGACCUCCCGACAAUUGAGACGUCUUGGAGUCAAGAGGAAGGAGCGACGUCAAGCAAGGAGGCUGCUAAGGAUGAUCGAACCAGGAAGACAACAUCGAAUCCUUACAAAAUCCCUAAAAACAACCCUCGACAAGAUGCUUGGCUUUUCUUUGAAAAGUAUUCCAUUUAGGGCCAACUCAAUAAGAGAUCAGCGAGCUAGAAGUUCAGUUCUCAGGGAUGCUCGAUGGUUGGCGAAUUCACUCAAUUCCACGACAAUGUCAAUUGGAAAUUUUGGAGACUCCGUAUCUGCUAACAUCUCCUCUACUUUGGUGUAG